AUGGACAGAAAAGUCAGGAAACGAGCCUCCAGUGUCAACUCCACCAAUCCUGCCAUGAAGUUACUUGAGAAAAGAAGGCUGAUGUUUGAAGUUCAUGAAGCCUAUGAGAAUUAACUCUUCUAAUUUAAAUAACAAGAGGAGGACUUCAAACUUAAGGAAAAUGAAAUUAAAUAAAAAGACGAAGAAAUUCAAACGGAAUUGCUUAAGUUUUGUAAAGAAUUGCAAGUCAAUGAAACCAAAAAGAAAAAAGCCAUUAGCUUAUACUAGAGUGAAAGAACAGAGAAAGAUAAAAAAAUUAAGGAAAUUGCCAAAUUAUAACAUGACUUGAGUCAAGAUCAAUAGAUAUUCGAAAAUGUGGAAAGAAAGGCUGAGAGACUUAAAAAAUAUGUAGAAUAUUUAAAUAGUAUUAUUAAAGCCUAUCCUGAUAAAUAUUCUGAUCUCGAUUCAAUAACUGAUAGAUAUAAAAGACUUGUGAUAUCACAUUAAAUUUUAAAAUAAGAACAUGAAAAAAUGGAAACUGAUUGUGAAAAAAUGAAGUUCACUUUCACGCAAUAUGAAAAGGAGAAAAAUCACGAAGUCUUACAAUUGAAUAAUGACAUCAAAGAAUAUCAAAAAUUAAUAGAAGAAAAAAUGAUUGAGAGAAAUUCAUUAUUAACUGAGAAGGAAGAAGAAGAAAAUAGAAUCACAGAGGAGAAUUUGAAUCUAGGUAGAAUAUUCAUGGCCAUUGAUAAUAUAAACCAAAGAUGUUUGGAUGGAUAUCAAAAGAUUAAAUAAGAUUAUGAAGAUUAAAAUAAAGAAAAGGAUAAAGCAAUGAAAUAAGUAAGGGAGGAAAAGAAACCAAUUAAAUAACCGUAAGAUGAGGAGAACUUUGAUGUCAAAUGUCAAUAAGCCUCAAUUAAAUUAAAAUAGAUAGUCUAAAAUUUAAAUGAUUUUAAAAAGAUCAUUGAAGGUUGUAAAAACGAAAUCAAAAAUAAACAAAAAUGA